AUGUCUUUCAAUACAACGUUUCCUCCAUCUCAACCGGCCGACGCCUUUCAUUAUUUCUGCAGGCUUCCCACAGAACUCCGACUCAAGAUUUGGAACUACAAUCUCCCCCAGACACGUCUCGUCCCUGUAAGAUGCGGAUCUUCAUGGCCCGGCUGCUCAGAUUCGCUCUCAUGGACAGGGUGCACAUCGCCCGCGCCCAUCCCCGCCAACCUCCACGCUUGCGCCGAGUCUCGCGCCGAGGCCCUGAAGCACUACCAGCUUGAGUUUGGCUUUGCUCGCGGUCCCGGUCAGGUCUUUUUCAACCCUCAAUACGAUAUUCUCUACUUUGGUCCUCGCGAUGGCUACAUGGCCGCCGACUCUCAGUUCCAGACUUGCAUGUCAAUGUGCGACCCUGCUGAGCUCGCCGCCGUCCGUCGCCUCGCCAUCAACGACGCCCUCUUCUGGAUUGACACUACAUACCGCUCCAUGACUGCUGCCAGUCUCACCGUCGAGUUGCUCCGUCGCAUCCAGGCCCGUAUGCCCGGUCUCGAGGAGAUAAUAUUCGUGCCCCGCGCCGAGGAGUCUCCCGAUUCUGCCUCAUAUGUCGAGCCUACCAUGGUUUACGUUCGCAUGGCCCGCCAGAUUCAGACUGCGCUCGCGACGCUCUGCGAACAAACUCCUGGCUGGAAGCCGCCUUGCUGGAGGAUUCUGCCGCUGAGCGCGUUCCCGCAACCUUACCAGACCAUUGGCGCGGCCUGA